CGAUCAUCAACAUGACAAGUCUGCAAUCGCAAGCUUGUGAGAGAUGCUGGAAGCGGAAACAGAAAUGCUCUCGCGAGAAACCAACGUGCCAGCAAUGUCACGUCGCUGCGUCGCAAUGUGUGCAACGCCGCCUUGGCUCCGUAAUCGACGCUUCGGAUCCAUCUUCAAUCUCGUACAUUGAGUCUUUGAAGGCCAGAAUUGCCGCUCUGGAAGCCAGAAGCAAACAGCACUCUGUCAUGCAGCACGAGAUAAUGAGCGAUCGAGAAUCACCAGAUCAGCGUUUGGGUAGCAAUCUGUCCACGUCUGGUACUUCCCAUGGGCCAAAUACUGGUACGACCGACCUAGCGGUGGUCGAGUCUAGGCAGGGGAACGACUUACAACAUGCGAUGCACGAAGCCAAUUACUUGAGUCUUAGUGCAAUGGCAGAGCCGACCGAUCAGCAGCCCUUUGCGAACCAGAGACUUUCCUUCUCGACUUUAUUCUUCGCCACGGUGAGUGUAGGCAAUACCAAUCCAAGUAGUCCCACGGGCACCAAUACAUCACUUUCUGGACCUAUGGCGGAGUUUCGCAACGAGUGGCUUUUCCAGGGCAACAGACUCGACGGUACUCAGGCUACUGAAGCAUUCGGAAGGUUCCUCGGAAUAGCACCCACCUCUUUUCCCUUCAUGACGCGCAACGAACUCGAGAAGUUACACAGUAGCGUCGUCGCGGCCGAACGAGAUGCAGGCCUUGAAAUCAUGAUCGAUGAUUCGCCAGAGAAGAUUCUGCUUGUAAGAGUAGGCAUCGCGCUCGGUUUACUGCUAUCGGCGAGCUACAGCUUCACGGAAAUCUUGAUAUCCGAAUUGACCACAACAGCUGUGCAACUGAUGCCUCGCAUACUCAAUCGAUCAAGCGACUUAGUUGUUGUACAGUGCCUCGCAGCCCUUGCUGUGUGUUCGCUCUACACGCCAUAUUGCGGAUCAACAUGGCACUUACUUGGACUGGCCAUGACACGCUGCAUUUCUGCGGGUAUGCACACAUCCCGCAUCUCGGACAUGGGUUCGGAUAGUGAGAGCCAAAGGCAGAAUGGGAGAGCUUUCUGGACGUUGUACAUUCUGGACACCCACCUCAGUACGGCUAUGGACAGGCCAUUUUGUCUUAGUGAUGGCAAUAUCAUGAUGUCGCCACCAACUUCCCCACAGCCUGCAACAACGCAUGCGGACGCAAUAGCAUUGCGAUAUUUGAUCCAACACGCACAGCUCCUGAGCUCCAUUCGAAAGCAUACCGAAGAAGAUUUGCUUUGUCAUUUCGUCAAUCUAUGCCAUUGGAAAGAGACAAUGCCGACAGCAAUAUCAGCAGCUGGUCUGCUAAAAGAUCAACUACAUGCCAGGGGUCUCGUCGAAUUGCUCAAAUGUCCAAGUCUUGCACAAGUCCCAGGGCAAGACAUGAUGAUGCGACACAUCGAAGAACAUUUUAUUGCGUACGUGGCUUCCUUCGAACAUCAGCUUUCCACCCAGCAACAAGCGUCAGAAGCCCUCGAUGGUUAUCUCAUAUUCUUCAUCGGUGUCUUCAUCGCAUCGCAGCCACCUACACAAGAGCGACAGAGAUGCGUGCUCCAAUGCCUGAGCGGUCUCACGAUACUGUCGAUUCACUACAUUGCCUUUCAGGGCUUUCGCAACAUACUCAUCGCAAUACAGUCUCGACCAGCCUCCAAAGAGCACCUCAAAAGCCUUGUUGGUGGGUCUGAGAUCGCGGUAUCGUGCCAUGUACAACGGCUCAUCUUCGGCAGCGUGUGAGCGGACCAAGCUAACAGUACGGUAGCCGGAGAACGCCGAGAUCCCAUUGGAAGAGUCUCAACACUUACGUCGUUUGCGCAACUAGAUCUAGUUCCGAUGUGCAGUGAUCAUCAGGCGCGGUGUUCCUAUCAGAUGGGCAGAGCGGUCCGGAAAAUGACAUGGGUGAGGGCUCGUUUCGCUCGGGCACUCGGACACCCCCCGAAGCUAGUGGUGCGGCCAUU